AUGUUCUCAAGACUCGCUACUCAAACCUUUGCGAAAGCACCCACGUCAUGGGUUAGACUCAUGACUACAGAGACCAGACAGGCUAUCACAUCUGCAAUCAAAUCUGCACCAGUUGUGUUGUUCAUGAAAGGCACACCUGAGUUUCCGCAAUGUGGAUUCUCAAAGGCCACUAUCGGUAUGCUGGGGCAGCAAGGUGUAGAUCCACUCAAAUUUGCUGCUUACAAUGUGUUGGAAGAUCCAGAGCUGCGCGAAGGCAUCAAGGAGAUCAGCGAGUGGCCUACAAUCCCACAGUUAUAUGUAAACGAAGAAUUUAUCGGAGGCUGCGACAUUGUCAUGAGUAUGGCUCAGUCUGGCGAGCUUACCAAACUUCUGGAAGAAGCAAAAGCUUUGGUACCGGAGGAGGAUGACGAGUGA